UGUCAUUGUGUAUUUCUUUGAAACCUCACCACCUUCUCUUACCAUAAUUCCAUUUCCACCUCCACUUUCUCUCCAUUAAUAUACUACUGGUCUCUGGUAAUACCUUUUCUUCGAGUGAUCGAUUUCAAUGGUGGAUGUUGAAAUACCAGAGUACUUCAUAUGUCCCAUAUCGCUUAUGAUCAUGAAAGACCCGGUAACGGUGGCUACCGGCAUCACCUACGACCGAGAAAGCAUCGAGCAGUGGUUUUUGACGACCAACGAGAUGUCGUGUCCGGUGACCAAGCAGCUCUUGCCAAGUGACAACAGCAACGACUCUAUGACGCCCAAUCACACCCUACGCCGGCUGAUCCAGCAGUGGUGCACUGUCAACGCCGUUAACGGCGUGGACCGAAUUCCGACGCCGAAAUUUCCUCUGAACAAGAUCUACGCCGUUAAGCUGGUCAGGGAUCUUGGGGUCCCUCAUUUGCAGCAAGCCGCGUUGAAGAAAAUGGAUGCACUUGCAACGGAGAAUGAGAGGAACAGGAGAUCGAUGGCUGAAGCAGGUGUGGGAAAGGCUUUGAUAUUGUUAAUUGUGACAUGUUUCAAGGAAGGUAAAACAACCGGUCUUUUAGAAGCUUUGAGAGUUCUUCAUCAUGUUUGGAGUGUAGAUGAGGAAACCAAGGUUUCUGUAAUCGGAAACAACGACUUUCUGGAAUCUUUGACAUGGGUUCUAGGGUUUGAUCAUGAGACUGGUCAUAACCAUAUGCUACUCCUGAAAACAGAAGCGAUACUAGUAUUGAAAAUGACGAUACCAGUCAUCAAUACAGCACAGCUCGAGCGGUUAAAGCUGGAAUUCUUCAUGAAUAUUUCAAGGCUACUAUUGGAGAAGAAGAUCUCACAGCAAGCUGUCAAAUCUGCACUGCAUGUGCUGGUAGAAGCAUGCCCAUGGGCAAGAAACAGAAUGAAAAUAGUCGAAUCCGGUGCAAUCUUCCAGCUCAUUGAACUCGAAUUACUCAAACCAGAAAAGCACGUCACCGAGCUGAUCUUUAAUUUAUUGGCGAAUUUAUGUUGCUGUGCUGAUGGGAGAGCUCAGUUCCUAAAGCAUGGCGGCAGCAUAGCAAUGGUGUCUAAGAGAAUCCUUAGGGUUUCGCCUGCCACAGAUGAUCUGGCCGUUCAGAUACUUUCAUCGAUCUCAAAGUUCUCGGCGACACAUGAAGUUGUUCUAGAGAUGCUGUUGGUUGGAGCUGUGUCAAAGCUUUGCAUGGUAAUGCAAGCAGAUUGUCCAGCCUAUUUGAAGAAAAAGGUUAGAGGGAUCUUACGGUUGCACUCUAAUGUGUGGAACAAUUCACCUUGUAUUGCCGUAUAUCUUUUAACAAGACCUAGGUAACAUUUGCAUGAGAUAUAUAUAUUGAACCAGAAUACAUUCUUGAGAUUAUUUUCCAGUCCUCUGUGUGUGUGUAUUCAUAAAUUUUGUUGGGAAAUUAUAUUUAACACACCUUAUCAUGUAUUCUACUAUGUUUAUGUGAGUGUAUUAAAUAAUACUAGCUUUCUUCAUACAUGCUCCUGUAUAUGUAAUACUUCUUUUUUUUUUAAGAAAAUUAAAAAAAUAAAAUGAG